GGCACGCGGGGGCGCUGAGCAGCGACGGAGGGAUAUUCCGUGACGCGGCGACGCAUCUUGUCUUUGUCCACUUCAGAUGCACUCUGCUCUCUGAGCCAGCCGCCACCAUUGAGCAUAUACCGGACUCAAGCUACAGGCGACCCCGGGCCGCAGAUCCCACGUCGCCCCCCGACGCCCUGGACGUCCGCCCCGCAGUUGCGCCCAGCCUCGUACCCGCCACACGCCCCCACGACGCCCUCGACACUCCCACCGACACCCAAAGCCGCACACCCACUCCAGACCCAGAACUAGCCCGCGCUCGCAAGCGUCAGCGACUGGAAACAGCCCCACCGCCAGCCGCGCACUCUCACAUCGAUCGCCUCCUACCUUAUCCUGUCAUGCGUCUACCAGAACACGACUCCGCCGAUAGCCUAUCUGCUUCACCUGACGGUCUCUCCGCCUUCGGCCCCGCAGGCGUCUCGAACGGCGCUGGGCCAUCGAACGGCUUCAAGAAGGGGCUUACUGCGAACGGCGCGAGCGCGCCGCCUGGCAAUGGGGUCGCAGUCCCGAAGCAUGGCAAGGCGACUGCUCGCGUCGAUCUGCAAGGGACGGCGCUAUACCCCGGCUCAUAUGUAGAUCGAGAGGAGUUCAUACGCCUCAUCGUACAGAGCUUGCGCGAUGUGGGAUACGAGGAAUCAGCCACGGCAUUGGAGCACGAGUCCGGUUACGCGAUGGAGGCGACGGACGUGUCGGACUUCAGACAAUACGUGAUGGAUGGGCAGUGGACGAAGGCAGAAUCCGUCCUGACACGCCUGGUUGCCCCAGACGAUGAAGCGGGCCUAUGGGAUGCUCGGUUUUUGCUCAGCCAGCAGAAGUACCUUGAGCUCUUGGAAGCCAAGAAACUUUCGGCCGCUUUGAACGUCCUAAGGAACGAGAUACGACCCAUGGGGUUAGAGCCCGACCGGUUGCAUGUGUUGUCGAGCUAUCUUAUGUGUGAAGAUCCUGACGACUUACGAGAACGGGCGCAAUGGGAUGGCGCCAGAGGAAUAUCAAGGCAGCGGUUACUAACCGAGAUACAUAGAUAUGUCCCAUCCUCCCUUAUGAUUCCGCCACGGCGGAUGAUAUCCCUCCUGGAGCAAUCUCGAUCCUGGCAACAGUCACGAUGCCUGUACCAUAACUCACCAGCCUACUCUCUGGGGUACUCAUUAUAUACCGACCACCGAUGCGACAAGGACGCGUUCCCCUCGGUGAACACCCUCAAGCUACAGGCCCAUUCGGACGAAGUUUGGGGUGUGGCGUGGAGCCAUGACGGGCGAUAUCUAGCUAGCGGUAGCAAGGACCAAACGGCCAUCAUCUGGAUGAUUGGGCCUCAGUCCGAUCCCAACCUACGGGAAGUGCGUCCGCUGCAUGUAUUGCGCGACCAUCCGUUCCCGGUGAACUGCAUAGCCUGGUCAUUGGACGACUCAGUGCUUCUCACGGGUUCGGAGACCCAAAUACGAUUAUGGAACACGAGGACGGGUCUUUGUAUACGAAUGCUUGACAAGCACACAGAGACGGUCACGUCUCUGGAGUGGUUGCCAAAUGGCUCGGGCUUCUUGUCAGGCGGAUUAGAUAGGCAGAUAAUUCGAUGGGACCCGGAAGGCCGCAAGAUUGACGCGUGGAACGAAGCUGCUGUUCGUGUAACGGACCUUGCGGUGACACCCGACUGUAGACGAAUUGUCGUCGUCGGACUUAUUGGCGUGCCACCCGUCGAGGGGCGGACCGUGUCGGGGAGUGGCGGCGGCAACAUGACGUUAGACGAUCUAGUCGAUCAGCACAAGAUGAUCGUCUACGAUAUGGCGACAAAGCAGGAAGAAUUGACGCUUCCGCUGGAGGGUGACCUGUCCAGCGUUAAGAUCUCUAGCGAUGGACAAUACGCGUUGGUCAACCACGCGCCCAACGAGAUUCAUCUCUACGAUCUGAACACCGGGAGACUGACUCGAAAGUACACUGGUCAACGACAAGGACACCAUGUCAUCCGGAGCUGUUUCGGCGGCGUCGACGGCAACUUCGUCGUCAGCGGUAGUGAAGACGGCAAGGUGUACCUCUGGCACCGAGAGACCGGUGCUUUACUCGAGGUGCUCUCUGGGCACGGGACAGGAAGCGUGAACACCGUGGCGUGGAAUCCGACACGAGAGCGCAUGUUUGCAUCGUGCUCGGAUGACUGCUCAGUGUUCGUAUGGGAGCCUCCUCCGCCAUCAUCUACGGAGGACGCGAUGCAGGAGGACGUGAAGGGCAAGGGGAAGACGCGGCAGCCCUGGGAGGCAGAUGGCGUAGCGUCGUCAUCGUCGUCGCGGAUACACUGAGUGUGUCCGCAUCGUGAAUGAUGGCUUUCGCACCGUCUGCAACCGACUAUCUCGCAUACAUAUUGAUCACUCGGAUCCUUCGCAUCUUUCCAGUCGUUGUACAAUCAUAUCCCUGCACUCGUCUAACAUGCUCCACUAUGCCACAAGGCUGCUCUUUGACUACCUAUCACUCAGAUUUACAUGCUCGUCUACGUGCCAUGACUUUUUCCAAAUCACGAUUUCUAAUGUAUGUAUCCAACAUAAACUGUGUUAAUAGACCAACUCUGUCGCGUGCG